CCGUGGCUGCAAGAGAGCAGGAGAGGGAUGAGGAUGUGGGAAAUGCUUGGCUGGAUCCCUCUCACCCUAAUUCCUGGGAUCUGGGGAAAAAGCCAGGAAAAGGAUGAGGAUGUGGGGAAAUGCUUGGCUGGGUCCUUCUCCAUCCAUUUUCUGGGAUUUGGGGCAAAGCCAGGAAAAGGAUGAGGAUGUGGGGAAAUGCUUGGCUGGGUCCCUCUCCAUCCAUUUGCUGGGAUUUGGGGACAAAGCCAGGAAAUGGAUGAGGAUGUGGGGAAGAUCUUGGCUGGGUCCUUCUCCAUCCAUUUGCUGGGAUUUGGGGCAAUUUGUGGACAAAGCUGGGAAAGGGAUGAGGAUGUGGGGAAAUGCUUGGCUGGGUGCUCUCCAUCUGGAAAGAUGAGAUUUCUCCAUCUGAUUUCUGGGAUUUGGGGACAAAGCUGGGAAAGGGAUGAGGAUGUGGGGAAAUGCUUGGCUGGGUCCCUCUCACCCUAAUUCCUGGGAUCUGGGGACAAAACUGGGAAAAGGAUGAAGAUGUGGGGAAAUGCUUGGCUGGGUCCUUCUCCAUCCAUUUUCUGGGAUUUGGGGACAAAGCCAGGAAAUGGAUGAGGAUGUGGGGAAAUGCUUGGCUGGGUCCCUCUCCAUCCAUUUUCUGGGAUUUGGGGACAAAGCUGGGAAAGGGAUGGGACAGCUAUCCUGCUAUUCCAACUCUAUCCAUGCUCUUGGACAGGGAAUGGGAAUUCCCUGGGGCAGGGCAGCUCAGCUUCAUCCCAAAGCCCAUCCCAACAUCCCAACCCUCUCCCUGCCCACCAGCAGCAUCCCCAGGGCAAAUUCCCUCAAAUUCCCCCAAACCCCCACCCACCUUUGGGAUCAUCCAUGGGAGCCAUCCAUAUUGAGGCCAGGAAGAGCAGCCACGCAUCCCUGGCUGCUCCGUGUGCUCUGCCCCCCCCUCAGGGAAGCAUCCAGAAUUCCAUCCUCCGGCGUCCCUCGGCACGGUGGGUGCGCCCAGCGUCCCCAGGGGGGGCACUCAGCCCGUGGGGACAAUGACAGGAGGUGGCACCUCCUGGUUCCCAGAGGGAAUUCCCUCCAUGGGAAUGUCC